GAGAAGUGAGUGGAAUUAGAAGUGAUUAUAUUUGGUGCCCGAAUUCGUCCGGAGAAGCCCGCCCCUUCAUGGCCCACAUGGUGCGACCCCAGGGCUUCAGCUUGGAGCAACUGCGUCUGACUUUGGGUCAUUCGGCGAUCCGUGAGCAGUGCUACUUCAUUUUUGGCACCAACAACAUUCUGGAGAUCAUAGCCGGAUUCGACCAUCUGCUCAGCCAGGAGGAAAUAGAGUUCGGUGCAGACAGACUUGCCGCGAUCCAUGUCACCGGAAUGAUGGUAUACCUGCUGCAUCAUGAGAAUAUGGCCAGUACCCAGGUGAAGAGGACUCUCUUCAUGCAGCGCUGUUUUGAGUAUCUGGCCUGCACCGAGGAAACCUAUGUUCACCACCUGUGUAGCCAAAUUCUCGGACUGUUGGAGGCCAGCGAUUCGGAAGUGAUGCUAAACCUUAUCCUCUGUUUCCGAGUGGCCAGUCCCCUGAGCCUGAUGGCUCGCGUGGUGGCCAACUGCCUGCUGUGGGCCAUGCUGGCCCGCCUGACGGACCUGGGCCUGGACUCGCACCGUCUCCGCCCGUGUCCAGCUCUGCUGCUGGUUGUCGCCAUGGUUAAUCCGCGCGUCUACGUGGAGUCCUAUAUGCAUGCCCUACAUCUAGUGGUCCGCUUGAUUUCCUGCCUCCUUAUCGUGGGGCCUCUCGCUGGCAAUGGACAGAUACUCUGUCAGGAAAUCGGCGUGCCGCCGGAACUGCUCGAACUCACCAAGGAGGACUCUGCCAUUUUGUUUCGCUGGCUCACCGCUAUCGUCCAGGAUCUGCGUCCUCAAAUGCUGUCGGGCGAUCUGGGGCAUCUCGAGGAGCGCCUAGUGCUACUGGAGGCAAUCUGUGAGCUUAUGCAGGUCCUGCACGGCCACCUUAUCAAGUGCUACCAAGCUAAUACCCAGGCCCUAACCUUAACCGAGGAAUCCCAUGAGGACGAAAAUCAUAUUUAAAAAUACGCAUACAUUGUCGACAGAGGGUACACUUCUUCAAUCGUGUUCGCGCAUGUUCAUAAUAAAAUAAAAAGCACGUGUUCCGCAAAUAAUUAACUUUGCUAAGAAAUAUAGUUAAAAACUAGUGAAGAGCGAAUUAAUUUAAAAUGCCACAACGAAAGAAAUAUAAAUUGUCGAGUUUUCAUGCAAGAUUACGACGAAUUAAAAUUUGUAACCUCAAAAAACCAAUGAGCAUUCUUCUUGAUGCACAGACUUCGAUGAAAAAUGAGUCAGGUUGCGGAACAAAAUGUUUAUAUGAAACGAAAGCGGAUCGCGAAAUCCCGGGGAAUGAUUUGAAGAAGCAUCUCGAUUAGAUACA